AUGACGGCAACACUGCCGGUCGAAGUCUCGCGUACGGCUGCGCAGACGCUCCAAGAGAGUCCAUCACCGCAACAGCAUGAGGGUACUGGCAAAGCAGCAGCAGACGCGGUCGGUGACGACAGCAUUGCCCUCUCCUCGCUGGGGUCUAGUCGCCCUGACUCCCGCGUCGACCUCUUGCCGCCGUCUAUCACUCCCACCAGCUCAUCGGAACACCUCGUCUCCGAUCUCGAGCCCAUCGAUUCAGGUCCUGGGGCCUACAAGUUCCUAGCCGCUGCCGCUCUCUUCGAGUUUGUCAUCUGGGGCCAGUCUUACGCGUAUGGAGCGUACGAGGCGUACCACAGUCACAAUCCAAAGUCGCCUCUGUACGGUAAAGCUAGCCAGCCUGCUCUGUCCGCUAUUGGAACGCUGGUCAUUGCUGGUCAGCACUUUGUCCCGCUGCUGAGCAGGGGCUUCUUCAGGAGUUACCCGCAUUGGAUCAAGAGGACCGCCUUUGCAUCUAUAGCGCUGAGCAGCGCUUGUCUGCUCAUCGCUAGUUUCCUCGAUAGCUAUGUUCCUGCGCUCCUCGUCUUUCAAGGCAUCCUCUACGGCACCCUUUCCGGAGUAACCUUUACUCCCGUCAUCCUCUGGCUUCCACAAUGGUUCGACAAGCGCAUGGGCUUCGCCAGCGGCAUCAUCUACUCGGGCUCUGGGGCAGGUGGCACUCUCUUCCCUAUCGCGAUCAAUCACGCGCUCGAAUCCGUAGGCUUCGCAUGGACGCUCCGCCUCUCCGCUGCCUGGGGCUUGAUUUUGGCAGGCGGAGCCGCCUUUUUUCUCAAGCCUAGACUACCGAUCACGAGACCAAAUACGAGGCCGAGAAGCAUGAUCAGAGCUUUGGCGCCGGAGGGGCUGGGAAGCUUGUUGCAUCCUUUCGCUGUCACGCAGGUUGUGCUUGUGGUCUGCCAGGCGAGUGCUUGGUGUACUAUCAGCCUCUAUUUGGCUACAUGGACCAGCUCGCUAGGCUUCUCGGCGACCACGUCCACCGGUGUACUCUCCGGCUUCAAUGCGGCGGCGACGAUAGGUUACCUGGUCACGGGACGGCUCAUCGAUAGCAUGCCAUACCUCGUCCUCAUGUCGGGGUCGACGCUCAUCUGCGGACUGUCGGCGUACCUGCUGUUGGGCUUCUCACACUCGCUGCCGCUCAUCAUCAUCUUCAGCCUCAUCUUCGGUGCAGCCGGUGGAGGCUUCACAACCUUCUUCACGCCGGUCUCGCGCUCCAUCGCCUCCCUGUUCAGUCAGGAGGUGUCGCCACUCUACCUGGCUGUCAUCUUCAUUCGAGGAAUUGCCGCCGUAGCUGGUCCGCUGAUAGGAUCUGCCCUCUACGACCCAACCGUCAGCGACUAUUCCUUGUACGGCACCAAAGGCUUCCAAGGCCUCGUCCUCUUCGUUGGCUCAGGCAUGGCCCUCGCUUCCGUCACGGGUGUCAUCGUCAUUGCGCAGCAGAAGCGUCUCGUCAAGAGCGGGCCUGCAAAAUCAGGUGGUGGCGGUGCGCGCGAGCAAGUCUCUGCCGCUGCCUCUACGACAUCAGGGGCUGGUGGCUCUGCGAGGCGAAGAUCGGGCGAGGCUGAAAAUGCUUGA